AUGUCGGUGGGUCGACUCCUCGCUGAAGCUGACGAUCGGGAGUCCAAGAGAGCUAGAGGGAUGGCCACGCCCCUAAUCGGAUUCUCGGAUGAGGACAAACUGGGAACCCUCCAGCCCCACGACGAUGCUCUAGUCGUCAUGCUCAGGAUUGGGGGAUAUGACGUGAAGAGGGUGCUAGUCGAUCAGGGCAGCGCCGUGGAAGUAAUGUACCCCGACUUGUACAAGAGGCUGAAGCUGAAACCAGAGGACCUGACAGCAUACGACUCCCCUUUAGUGAGUUUCGAGGGAAAAACCAUCACUCCGAAAGGCAUGAUUAGGCUGCCUAUACAAACAGGCUCAGACGUAGUGGAGAUGAACUUUAUAGUGGUAGACGCUUACUCCCCCUACACCGCCAUUGUAGCCAGACCGUGGCUUCACGCCCUAGGGGCUGUGUCAUCAACCUUACACCAAAAGGUGAAGUAUCCGUCGGAGGGUCGAGUGAAAGAAAUAAUAGUGAACCAAGCCAUGGCCCUACAAUGCAUGGUGUCCGCCAUCUCGCGACGACCGAGUAUUGAGCCCUCCACCUCAGUCGAGAACGGUUUAUAG